AGGCACCGAUGCAAUGAGAGCUCGGGGUUCGUAGAGUAGCGGGUGUGCGGUCCAAUGGAUGAACCAUAGCCACGAGAUUAGGGGUGUGGCGAAGCUGGUCGUUAGGGGGCGUGGCGUUAGUUGCCCGGGAGGGGCCGGUAGCGGCGGGAGCUGCACGGCACCGGCCGAAGGGUUCCGGCUGCAUUUCCAUGAGAGCAGCCGGCAAGAGCGGAAGAACUGGAACCGAAUCGGGAGAAAAUCACGUCGCCAUCGCCAACCAGCGACAGAACAGACUCCCCAGCCACCUUUGGCACUUACAGCAUUUGCAAACCUUACAGCACAAUAUAAAUAAUAAUUUGACUACAAACGGCUCAACGGCUUUCUAAGGACGAUAUUCAAAAAUUCUCACUAUUAAGGAACAAGUGACAUUGGCUCAAGAUGAAUGCAAUGCUAGAAACCUCUGAGCUGCCUGCUGUGUUUGAUGGGGUAAAGUUAGCUGCUGUGGCAGCUGUACUCUAUGUGAUUGUCAGAUGUUUGAAUCUCAAGAGCCCGACAGCCCCACCUGACCUCUACUUCCAGGACUCUGGGCUAUCUCGAUUUCUCCUGAAGUCCUGUCCCCUCCUGACCAAAGAAUAUAUUCCACCCUUGAUAUGGGGGAAAAGUGGACAUAUCCAGACUGCUUUAUAUGGGAAGAUGGGAAGGGUAAGGUCACCUCAUCCUUAUGGCCACCGAAAAUUCAUCACCAUGUCAGAUGGAGCUACUUCAACUUUUGACCUUUUUGAACCUUUGGCUGAACAUUGCAUUGGAGAUGAUGUCACAAUGGUGAUUUGCCCUGGAAUUGCCAAUCAUAGUGAGAAGCAGUACAUCCGAACCUUUGUCGACUAUGCCCAGAAAAAUGGCUAUCGAUGUGCUGUGCUGAACCACCUAGGUGCACUACCCAAUAUUGAAUUGACAUCUCCGCGAAUGUUCACUUAUGGCUGUACCUGGGAAUUUGGAGCCAUGGUGAGCUACAUCAAGAAGACUUAUCCCCAGACCCAACUAGUUGUAGUGGGUUUUAGUCUGGGUGGAAACAUCGUGUGUAAAUACCUGGGUGAAACCCAGGCAAAUCAAGAGAAAGUCCUUUGCUGUGUCAGUGUGUGUCAAGGAUAUAGUGCAUUAAGGGCACAGGAAACUUUCAUGCAGUGGGAUCAGUGCCGAAGAUUUUACAACUUCCUCAUGGCUGACAAUAUGAAGAAAAUCAUCCUUUCUCACAGGCAAGUUCUCUUUGGAAACAAUGUUAAGAAACCUCAAAGCCUUGAGGAUACCGACUUAAGCAGAUUGUACACAGCAACAUCUCUAAUGCAAAUUGAUGACAAUGUGAUGAGGAAGUUCCAUGGCUAUAAUUCCCUAAAAGAAUACUAUGAAGAAGAAAGCUGCAUGAGAUAUCUGCAUGGGAUUUAUGUUCCACUCAUGCUGGUUAAUGCUGCUGAUGACCCCUUGGUGCAUGAUAGUCUUUUAACAAUUCCCAAAGCCCUUUCAGAGAAACGAGAGAAUGUCAUGUUUGUGCUGCCACUUCAUGGAGGUCACUUGGGCUUCUUUGAGGGUGCUGUUCUUUUCCCAGAACCCUUGACCUGGAUGGAUAAGCUGGUGGUGCAGUAUGCCAAUGCCAUUUGCCAAUGGGAGCGUAACAAAUCCCAGUGCUCAGACACAGAGCAAAUGGAUGCCGACAUGGAGUGAUGCCCUUACAGACUCAGAAGCACUCCAGUGGCCCUUCCUUCUGAAACUAUUCAUCUCCUCACCUGUUGCUUCAGGUUUUCAUCCUUCUCAAUAACCUGGGUAUGUCAGCAGGGAAGCUUCCCACCAAGAGCACCUCUCGCCGAGGCAGAUGGCUGUCCCCAGGAUCUUCAAGCUAUUUUUAUGCUUAGGUUACUGGUUUUCUUUAUUGCAUUAUUGGCCAUGUUGAUGAGUGGCAGGACUCUUGAUCACCUGUCCGAUUUCAGCAUUUGAUUAAGCCAAUUGUCAUCUAAUUUCCCUAUUAAAAAUGUAUCUGAACAGCAUCUUUGCUUUGCCAAUCAAAAAAAUCUUCCCAAGAACAUGGCAAGAUGUAUCCUAGAGUUUUGUGACUAUACUUUAUGCCGUUGUUUCAACUCUGAAAGGGCCUGUGGUUCCAAGCCAAUACUGAGAGGGAGCUUGAACCACUUAGCAUGAGAAUUUGGAGGAAUGUGAGCUCCAUAAGCAGGGGGGAAAAAUCAGCUUCUAUAAUAAGCCAAGCUCCAUAUUUAUAACACUUCCUAAAGGGUCUUUCUCCCUAUUCAGCAAAGAUUUUAGGGUAGAACUAUCUUGUGUUUAGAAUUUCUUACUGAAGUUUAUAACCAGAGAUGUCUGAGUAUCAGUGACUAUCAGCUUUGGGCAUAACGAAGGCAUGUACCCUUUUGUGCAUUUACAGUAGAGGGUAAUAGAUAGAAAAUUUCUGUCACGAUGACCUUGGACAAGUCAUUUAACCGCUGUUAGCCUCAGUUUCCUCAUCUGUAAAAUGAGAGUUGGACUAUUUGAUACCUGAAGGCCUGUCCAACCCUAAAAUUAUAUGAUGAUUGAUAUUUGUUUAGACUUUGAGAGAACAGAAUUCUAAAUGACUUCCUGUUCUUUGAAUUUUUGCCCACAUCAAACAAGUAGCCUUGAAAUGAUUUUUGCCUUUCUUUUAUUUCCUCAUUACUUAUGUAAAGGAUUUUCUUUAGCACUGAAUUAUGUGCUGUUUUUGUUUUUCUUUUAGCCCAGGUCUCCUUAACACUAGUUCAGUAGUUUAAAAGUAGAAUUUUAAGUUUAAAGUUAAACAUCUCCAUUUGAAAAGUAGUCUGUUUCAGAACAUAAUUUUUAUUGAAUCUCCUUUAAUUAUGUACUGUUAGAUAGACUUUUCCGAUCUCAAGUCAAAAAAUGUUGGUUGGGAUUUGGGGUUUUAUCCUUUUCCUGAUCUGUUGGCACAUGUGUAUCUAAAACAUUCAGUGAUUUCUAUAAUCUAAAGUUCUAAAACCAGCAGUUGCUAUAUGGGAUUGUACAGCACUCAUAAUGAUAUUACUAGGUAUCCUUUUUAGUCUUUUACCUUCUUUAACUUCUUUGACUCCAGCAAUAAGUAGAGGCUAAAUUGGAAAGCUCAGCUGGGGAGAAGUAUUCAGGCACUUUGAAGGCAUUAUUUUUAUGUCCAUUGACAGAAGGAUAUGUGUAUUGCCCCAAGUGACUGUGAUGAUAAUGACAAUUUUUACCUGGAAGAAAUUCCGUGUGACAAUCAUUAGAUCACCAUCUUAUAAGCAUGAACAACAACCAAUAUUGAAAAAUAUUGGAACUCCUUUGAUCUCCAUUUUGCUUUCUGAUUAUUUCCCUGUUCCAUUUAUUGUAAUCUCUUUUCCAAGUUUUAUUCUUUAUUGCCUUUCCUGUGACACUCUUUUAGCACCAAUUAGCACUUUAAAAUUUUAGCCUUUAUUUGGCAAUUAACCACUUUGGUUGUGGUGAAAAAAUUCUGUCCCCCAAACUCCCUUCCCCACUCACAACUAAAAUCUAAAACAUAAGACAUACUUCCUGUUACUGGCAUCACUUCUCUGAACUUAGAUUAGUUAAAGCAAGCAAUAAUUUUAUAACCAUUGAAUUACUGUAUCAAAAAUGGCAGACUCCUUUUUGUUUGCCUUUGGCCAUUUCCUGGCUUAUUCUAAUAACUGGCACAUAUGCAUAUGCUGCUACAUUCAGUAGGAAAAAAAGGAUCAGAUCAUCAUUAUCCUAUACAUAAAAAACAAAGGUAGGGAAAAGAUCCAGUCAUGUCUUUUUUCCAUGAUCACUUGUUUCCUGGUGACUGGUUAGCAAUAUCAUUGAUUGCUUUUGUUGGAAAAGAAUCACAUCUAUCUUUCAGCCUUUGUAACUAUAUAGCAAGAAUUUAACAUGCAACAUCUUAUGGACAACUUCCCACCUACAUUUUUUUUGUGAAGUAUAACUGAUGGUGGCAUUUACAUUCCAUUUUGGCCCAAGUGGAAUCAACUGAAACCCUUUGUACGUAUUCCAGUCUCUUCACCACAGUGAGGGUGAGGGUGUGAGUGAGGCUUUUUGUCUUACAAGGAAAUUCUUGUUUUUGUUUGCUUCUUUAAUGAAUAUGAGUAGGCUCUGAAUUUAGAGAAAUGCCAGCUUCCCUAUAAGGCAUGGAUGCAGUGUAUCAUUUUAUAUGGAGAUUUUCUUUUCUCUUCCUCCAAGCUUCCUAUUCCAUUCCUUUCAGGCCACCUUGACAACCAGUAGUCAUUACCAAGAAGUAGAGAUUUUUUUUUCCUCUGCUUUCUGGUCUGCUUCCUGGUAAUCUGUCUGCAUUUGAUUGGUUGGAUCCACAUGAAAAUGACAAAACCUUUCUGGCCAUUUCUUAAAUCUGUUUUUAGAUAUUCUUAAUACACAGUAUCAAGAAACCCUGCUUUAUUUUUCAAAUGCUACUCUACCUCGCCUUAACCAGAAAUAAAAAUUAUACCAAUCAAGGCUAACAGUGUUGAAAGUUGUGAGUCUAGUAGAGGAAGGAGCAGUUGCCAUUUGGAAAAUUAUAUGAAGCCCUCUUGAUGCAUCUAUAUUUAAGGAUACACUUUUAACAGAUUUGGAAAACAAGCAUUUGUCUCCCUGGGAGAGAAGCUCUCAUUACUAGAGUAAGAUAAAGGCAGAAGAGACCUUUUUUUCAUUUGUUUUGCAUCCUUAGCUUAAUGCCCAUCGGAGUUACCCUCUAUCUUGUGUAGCUGUUGUGUUACCACAUUUUCCAAUGUGGAAGUUUAUCUGAAAGAAGGAUUAUGCAUUCCUGAGUCUCCUUAGGAAGAUGUUGGCUCAGUUACCAUCUAGUUACUAGUCAUUGAUGGUCAACCCAGAUUUGUUUACGGAACUUCUAGACUGGGUCUUACCACUCCUAUCUUCUCUAGAUACCUUGCCCAUGUAAUAACAGCUGUGUCAAGGCUUAUCUUAAUAAGGUUUAGAGAAAAAGCAAUUGUAUUUUAAAAAACUAACAAAGACCACCAUCUCCCUUCAGGAUUUUCUGUAGCAUGACCAUUAUUACCUUAAACCCUCUCUCAAUUCAAAAGGGUUUGUAAUCUUGGCCCAUGUUUUAUGGGGAUCAGUUGAAUAUCAUCAUCAUUCAACAUGAGCCAAGCAGGACAAUGAGACUCUUCCUAAGAUAGAAAAUUCCAUAUACUUAGCCUUUCUUUUUCCAAAGCUAGCUCUAUGUGAUUCAGUGAUUAAAGCAAUUUGUAGUCUUCAGCAUAACUACAUAUAGCUCUUUAUAUAGCCAAGUUCACUAUGCCAUGCGUCCAAAUUACAGAUCUCUUUAAAAUGUGACUUAAUGUGAGCUCCAGGGGCACAAUGGAACUUUUGUUCCUAUUUAGGCUUUAUAAGUGAGCAGAUGUGUAGGAUUUGAGCUGCUUUUCUUCUUCUAUUCUGAUUAUGACUUAGACCUGAAGAUUAUUGAGGCAAUACGCUAGCUUUAAAGAUCUUACAGAUCUUCAUCCUUCAGGCAGUACAAAAGGGCCAUUUAGUACUAUAUCAUUGCAGUGUCCUAUCAAUGUCCUUGGAAAUGUCUUCCUUCACACCCAGAGCCUCCAGGAAAUCCUCUGAUAUCUACCAUAAUCUUGUAGUGUCUCUCUGCUGUGAGACUGAACCAGAACUAUCAUCAGACAUAGAAAAUGUAUAGUCCCCACUCUCAUUAUAUAAUUAGUGUGGAUCCUAAGAUCUAGUCCCAAAUUCACUAAAUAUGCAGACUUACAGACCUCUUUCUGCCUAGGCUACAACCUAGGCCACCUUGGAUCAAAUAAAUGAUUCACAGAUACUGAAUUUGGGUUUGCCCCUCUUUAAACCUAUACAGAUUGGGCCACUUCUAACCCUAGGAGAAUAAGUAGCUAAAGAAGUUUUCUUCCCUCUUACCAAUAAAGCAAAAGAUAUUUAACUCUCUGUGCCUCGUUAAGAUGAGGAUCACUGUUGCCAAAGGGCCAGAGAGCUAUGAGACCUUCCAAUCUAAAAAGCUGCUGCUUCUGACCACCGUUGCUUUUUUCAACAACACUUCAAGCAUUUCUCUUACAAAGGGGCUUGGCAGGAGGCCAGUCUCCAAGACAGGAAAGCCAAACCAGCCAACCCUUUUUUCAGGUACCAUUCAUCAAAGAGCUGCCUCUUCUAGGAUGUCAACCUUCUCUGUAAUAGUCUCAUCUAUGCCCUAAUGCCCUAAUUAUAAUGUUGACUAAAGCUUUCAUAUAUUUUAAUGAGUGGACUUACAUAGUUUCUAACCAUUGGGGUAGGUUACAUAUUCUAAUUUACAUAAAACCUCUAGAUCUUUGCUUCAUUUUUGAUGAAUAGUAAUAAAACCUUAACUUAAGAUAUUAACUUUUGAAAAAUAAUUGUGUUCACAUUAGCCAAGAGAUCCACUAUUGCCAUAAAUUCAAGAACUGCCUUCAUUUGAAGGAUUUGCAGAAGCGCCUUCCAUUUCAAUAUUCAAUCUUCUUCCAGGCCUCCCAUGAUAUGGUAGCCAACAGGCCAUAAAAAUUCAGCUGACCACCUUGGGCCUAAUGAAACCCACUCAUUUCACAAACUGUUCAUGGCCAUGAAUAAUUUUUCUUUAUUUCAGAAGUAGUUUUUUUGGGGGGCAGGGAAGAAUGAGGGAACAGACCCUUUUCAUUUUUCCUAAAGCACAAUUCAAAGUAAAAAUCUCUCUCCUUCCACACUGGUUCCAGAUGAUGAGAUAGUUCACUCUGCCUCAGGAAGACCUACACUGUACCUGAGCUUUCUGACUUUUGCCACUACAGCGGCCUUAGCAAAGCUGGGAGGGGGGAGGGGGAGGGGAGGGGAGGGGAUAGGGCAGGGGGAAUGAGUGUGUAUUUCUUUCUGUAUUUUGGUUGGACUCUCCCGUUCAACAUAUAUUCUUAAUUUUGACAGAUUUGCUUCCAGAUAGGUUUUUUAAGAGCCUUCACUUCCACAUUCCUGUUAUGUUGCAAGGUGGUUGUUUGUUUUUGGUUUUUUUUUCCCUAAAUUUAAAAUGCUGCCCUGAAAAAAAAAAAAAAUUAGUUUGUAUACUGAAAACCUUCCAGCUUUUGGAUCUUAAAGGGUGUGGGAGGGAGAGAAUGGGAUCCUUUAGCUCUAAGGCAUUUAAGAUUUGCAACUAACAAUGCAAUUUUUUCUAAAUACGGCGAUGUUUACCUUUAUUAAGAAAAUUAUAUUAAGCAAUGGUGUCCUUGAUCUUUUUAUUUUCUCAUAUUACUUUUGGACCUAUUUUGAUUCUGUGUGGUGGUAAACAAAUAUCAUUGCAAACAAAAAUGAUAAUUUUGUUAUCUUUGAUUCAAUGGAAUUUCUUUACUUAAAAAAAAAUAAAGGACAAAAUCAACCAA